CCUUUCUAAAGGUUUUGCUUUGAAAAAUUGCUGUUUUUCAUUAUUAAUAAUAUUGGUGUAGCAUUUGCCAGAAUACUGUAAUUAAAUAAUUUUUAGUGUAUUUGGUCAAACUGAAGAUCAUUCACAUACAAUCAGACGUGAACCUCUCCCAGGAGAAAAGCUAAUCAGUGGAGUUUGACUGCUUCAGUGACAAACCAAGUAAUGAUUAACCUAUAGGUUGGGUGCACAGGUGUUCUAACAGGACGAACUAUCUCUGUAGUACAGUCUGGGCAAACUUUAAAAGACUGAGAGUUUAUAAAAUCUCAAGGUGAUCUCAAAGAUAGGAAUCAAUAUGUCUACCACUUUCACUACAGGCAGCGACUCCUCUGGGUUCACCCCUGAGGCUGAGACAACUACAGUUCUUACCGUGGAUGCUGCUGACAUUGCUGUGGUUGUCAUCUACUUUGUCUUUGUCCUGGUGAUUGGAAUCUGGUCAUCCGUGAAGGCUAAUCGUAGCACUGUAGGGGGGUACUUCUUGGCUGGCCGUUCAAUGACCUGGUGGCCUAUUGGAGCAUCUUUGAUGUCCAGUAAUGUCGGCAGUGGGCUGUUCAUUGGUCUUGCGGGAACAGGAGCAGCUGGAGGACUCGCAGUUGGGGGAUUUGAAUGGAAUGCAUCAUGGGUCCUGGUGGCUCUGGGUUGGAUCUUCAUCCCUGUCUACAUCUCUGCUGGUGUUGUAACCAUGCCUGAGUAUUUGGCCAAACGCUUUGGAGGACAGAGAAUACGCAUAUCCAUGUCUAUUUUGUCCCUCAUUCUCUACAUCUUCACCAAAAUAUCUACAGAUAUAUUUUCAGGAGCAUUGUUCAUCCAGGUAUCAUUGGGCUGGGAUCUCUAUCUUUCCACAUGCAUACUGCUGCUGGUCACUGCUGCUUACACUGUGGCAGGUGGUUUGGCAGCAGUGAUCUACACCGAUGCUUUCCAAACUUUGAUCAUGGUUGGUGGAUCUUGUGCAUUGAUGUUCAUAGGAUUUUCCAAAGUGGGUUGGUAUGAGGGCCUUGUGAUUCGUUACAUGUCUGCUGUUCCUUCGGUGACAGUCACAAACACAUCUUGCCAUCUACCACGUAGCGAUGCCUUUCACAUAUUCAGAAACCCUGUGUCUGGGGAUUUACCCUGGCCAGGUCUGAUGUUUGGACUUACAGUACUGGCUACGUGGGUCUGGUGCACAGAUCAGGUCAUAGUCCAAAGGUCUUUGUCCGCCAAGUCUUUGUCUCAUGCCAAGGCAGGCAGUGUGUUUGGAGGCUACCUCAAACUUCUACCCAUGUUUCUCAUUGUGAUGCCAGGCAUGAUCAGCCGAGCACUGUUUCCAGAUGAAGUAGGCUGUGUAGAUCCAGACGUGUGCCAAAGUGUAUGUGGAGCAUCAGUUGGAUGCUCUAAUAUUGCCUACCCUAAACUAGUGGUAGAGCUAAUGCCUGUUGGUCUUCGAGGUUUAAUGCUAGCGGUGAUGUUAGCUGCUCUAAUGUCAUCUCUGACAUCCAUCUUUAACAGCAGCUCCACUCUGUUUACACUUGACCUUUACCACAAAGCUAGACCUAAAGCUUCUGAAAGGGAACUCAUGGUUGUUGGAAGGGUGUUCAUCCUGGUCUUGGUGUGUGUCAGUCUGUUGUGGAUUCCAGUCAUUCAGACAGCCAAUAGUGGACAGCUGUUUGAUUAUAUCCAGUCAGUGACCAGCUUCCUAGCUCCACCUAUUACAGCUGUAUUCCUAACAGCUAUCUUCUGGCCACGUGCUAAUGAGCAGGGUGCUUUCUGGGGUCUGAUGACUGGACUGCUUGUGGGGAUGAUCCGCAUGAUCCUGGAGUUCUCCUAUACAGCUCCAUCCUGUGGUCAGCCUGAUGUUAGGCCUGCAAUCCUGACUGGUGUUCACUACCUGUAUUUUGCCCUCAUCCUGCUGGCAUUUACAUGCCUUAUCAUUGUUAUGAUCAGCUUGGCCACCGCUCAGAUACCUAAGGAAAAUCUAUACAGGCUAACCUGGUGGUCUAGAUAUAGCCAGGAGCCUCGGAUGGACAUCACAAUUCACUCACCAACAGUCCAGGUAGAAAGUGAUAUGGACCCUGGCUCUGAUCAGUUGCCAGAUUCUUGGUGGAAAAGAUUUUUUCUCCGGCUUUGUGGUCUGACUGGUUCAACCAUUACCUCUGCACCUCGACCAAAUGAGGACAAUGAACUCAACUCCUUGCAUGAGAAGCCACGUUGGAGAAGAGUCUGCAAUGUCAAUGCCCUGCUCCUGCUGGCUGUAAAUGCAUACCUAUGGGGAUACUUUGCCUAAUGUUGAAGAUAUUUAAAUAAUUAAAUUAAAAACACUAGACUGUUAAGCAAAAGGGCUAUUACAGUACUCCAGAAACAUAUGAUGAUUUUAAUUAGCUUUAACUGUAGUAUUUGAUGAUUUUUAGUAUUGAAAAUAAGACUUUUAUUCUAAAGAAGAAAUCACAGAAUGGAGUUGUGUGUUUGUGUGAGUUUUAAAAUAAUUAUUAUAAUCAGUUAGUGUGCUGCACACAUCAUUAUGGUGUAAAUUGGCAAGAAAUUCAUGGUAAGAAUUAUUACAUAAAAUGAAAUAAAAAGUAAC